UUCAUAUGAUGAGGCUUUUAUUAUGGCCAGUGACCCCUUGGAAGGCUUUCAUGAAGUGAACCUCGCUUCGCCUACAACACCAGAUCUUCUUGGAGUAAAUGAGCCAGGGACUCAGGAACAAACUACCUCACCCAGUGUUAUCUACCGACCUUCUGUUGUGUCCUCCACACCAAUCCAACCCAAUGCAUUAAAUGUUUCUGACCUUCCCACACAACCUGUUUAUUCAUCUCCCAGACAGCUGAAUUGUGGAGAAGCGUCAGGUGUCAGCAUCAAUGUUACCGACGCAGUACUCUGUUCUACCUCUGGACCCCAGGGUGGGUCAUUCAAUCAGAAUAAUUCCAGAAAGGAGAGCAAUAACGCAGAGAGAGAGUUUUUGCAGGGUGCUACAGUAGCAGAUGUUGCUGAAGGAAAUGAAGAUAUUUUUGGGUUGAGUACAGACAGUUUAUCUCACUUACGGAGCCCAUCUGUACUGGAAGUAAGAGAAAAGGGCUAUGAAAGAUUGAAAGAAGAACUUGCAAAAGCUCAGAGGGAGCUGAAGUUAAAAGAUGAAGAAUGUGAAAGGCUUUCUAAAGUGCGAGAUCAACUUGGACAGGAAUUGGAAGAACUUACAGCUAGUCUGUUUGAGGAAGCACACAAAAUGGUUAAAGAAGCUAAUGUCAAACAAGCUGCAGCAGAAAAACAGUUAAAAGAAGCACAGGGCAAGAUUGAUGUCCUCCAGGCUGAAGUAGCAGCAUUGAAAACGCUAGUAUUGUCUACUUCACCGACAUCUCCAACUAAGGAGUUUCAGUCUACUGGAAAAGCUCCUUUUAAGAAAGGCCAUGCAAGAAACAAGAGUACAAGCAGUGCUAUGGGUGGCAGUCAUCAGGACCUUACCAUGAUGCAGCCAAUUGUAAAAGACUGUAAAGAGGCUGACCUAUCUUUGUACAACGAAUUCAGAUCGUGGAAGGAUGAGCCUACUAUGGACAGAACAUGUCCUUUCUUGGACAAAAUUUAUCGGGAAGAUAUUUUUCCAUGUUUAACCUUCUCAAAAAGUGAGUUGGCCUCAGCUGUUCUGGAAGCUGUUGAAAACAACACUCUGAGCAUUGAACCUGUUGGCUUGCAACCUGUUCGAUUUGUGAAAGCUUCUGCAGUUGAAUGUGGGGGACCAAAGAAAUGUGCUCUCAGUGGACAAAGUAAGUCAUGCAAGCAUAGAAUCAAAUUAGGAGAUUCAAGCAGUUAUUACUACAUUUCUCCUUUCUGUCGUUACAGGAUCACUUCUGUGUGUAACUUCUUUACAUAUAUUCGAUACAUCCAGCAAGGACUAUUGAAGCAGCAAGAUGUGGAUCAGAUGUUCUGGGAAGUUAUGCAGCUGAGAAGAGAGAUGUCACUAGCAAAACUUGGCUAUUACAAGGAAGAGCUCUAAAUCUUUUUACUCUUGCGCAUGCAUGAACUUCAUUGAAUAUACAUAACUAAAAUUGCUGAAUCUUUUUUUUGUCACUUGAUAUUUAUUUCCACGAAGUGGGUCCAAGAUCUUUCUCCUUUUGCAGAUUGCACUAAGAAGUACUGUGAUUGUUUUAAACCGACCUAUGCUGUAUAUGCAUACAUAUAAUACUUAGUUGAACAAAUGUGGUAAGCACUUGCAGGUGUAUUAGUGAUUGUAAUUUCCAUUUAAAAACAAAACUUCUGAUUAAAGUGUUAGUCUGAAACA